AUGUCAUCAGUUCAGUUUAAUUUCCCGCCGGAGAGUUACUCUGCACUUUAUAAAACAGAUGGAACAGCAAAUGUGAAUGUGGUGGGCAAGUGCAAUCUGCCAGACUCCAGUGAGGUUGCUGUGUCACCCUCUAAUACUACUCUUUCGCCGCCCUCCUCGCUAUUUGGCUGUUUUCAUUGUGCAUUUCAAAAUGGAAUUAAGUUCACUCGGAGAGAAAAGCAUAAGAAGGAAAAUCACACCAACAAUAUCAAGGUAUUUUUUUCCCAUGUACCUACCUAA